CUCUACGGCUCUAUCAGGAAGUGACGCAGUGUUUGUUUACAGCCGAGUCUUUUGGAGCUACGUCUACGGAGGUUUUAUUUGUUUGCACCGCUGCUUCUCCAUGGGGGGCCAUGGGGUUGUGGGGAACCAGCCUGACUCCAUAGACUACUCUGUGCAUGAAGCCUGGAAUGAAGCUACCAACGUUUACCUGCUGGUGAUCCUGGUCAGCUUCGGCCUGCUCAUCUACGCCAGGAAAAACAAGAGGAAGAUCAUGCGGAUCUUCACGCUGCCUCCCACCGUGGGCAGCAGCCCUGAGCCUAACUUCUACGACAGCCUGCAGAAGGUCCGCCUGCGGCAGCAGCUGGAGAUGUACUCUCUGGCCAGGAAGUUUGACCAGCAGCAGCAGCCAGAGAGCGUGCAGCUCUCCAUGGAAUGAGAGGAGGAGGUUUCACGCUUCCGAGGAUCCGGAACAGAUGGAGGCGGACUUCAGACGCUCCUCUUGAAGAGGUUUUCCCAACUUCCCGCCUGCACACACAGCUGGAUGGAUGAAGGGACUUUUGCAGAAGCUUCCAGCUGUGCAGCGUUUCUCCACCUUUUAGGAAAAACGGCUUUAAAAAAACGUUAAGAGGGAAAAUCAGAAGGAAUUUAACAGACCUGAAUAUUUCGUUUAUUGUCAAAAUAUUAGAAUUUAGUAUUGGAAUGAUUGAAACUUUGCUGAGUAAUUAACCUUUAUUGCUAUUAUUUAAUCAAGUGUCAGUUUUUGAAUAUCUUAGUUCUUGAUGGUUGGACUGAAACGUCUCUAACAGGCUGGAUGCUGGGAGGGAAAACAGUGAUGCUGAUAUUCCAGUAGAGGAAUGAUGGGAAGCAUGAAGAAAAGCACAGACAGAAACUAUUAACACACAUCUGUAACUGCUACUGUAUAGAAUAGAUAUAAAGGCAUCAUUUUGCUAUUCAGGUCAUGCAUAUCAAAUACAAGGUGUUUUCUAUUUCAUUGUGUUUGCUGAUAAAUGUAAAUGUUUAGCCAGGAAGGAAAAAAAAAUAUAUCAGAAUAUUGUAAGUUUCCAAAUCUAAUUUACCCCAAAGUUCAUUAUUCAUCCCAAAAAUGUAUAUAAAUUUGAGUAAUAAUUAGCUAAAAGACACAUGGAUCUUUAUUAUAUUGAUGGUAAACAUCCUUAUAUAGGGAGAUGGCUUCUGGAUUGUCUAUAACAACAAAAUUGACUUAAUAAAGAUAAAAUUCUACAAAAUUUGGGACCCUUUUAAUGAAUAUAUUGCAACAAAGUAUCUAAAAAAACACAAUAAAUGAAAUGAUUUAUGAAAUUUGGUCUCUUGAACUCUCCAAAAAAAAUAUAUAUAUAGUAAAAUCCAGCAAAAUGUUUAGUUCUUUUUUUAUGCAUGUUCCAAUCUGGAAAUACAGCUUAAAUAUGAGUUGAAUUGAGCCCUAAAUGUGAAUGCAGAAAUACAGACCAUGUUCUUUGUAUUUACAUGUUUAAAUCGUAUGGAAUCCAUUUUUCUAAAAUGUUUGGAAAUGUGCCGUCAUCGAUGGAUGAAUCCCACAGAAUGAAGCUGAUGUCAGAUUUGGUUUAUGGCAGUAAUAUUCCUGCAUCAUCAACCUUCUCUGCAGCUGAGAUGUUGGACUUUCUCUCUGGAUCAUGUUUGCUGAGCUUUGCAGGUUUUUAUUUGUGAAUGUCUGCAGAGAAUCUGUAUCUGCUUCCCAGAGGAGGGAUAGAAGUUCAUCUGCACGCUCUUUAAACUCUGCUCUUUAUUAUGUGAAUGUGGUUUAGACUCAUGCAUUAAUAAAAUGUUAAUAAUACUCUG